GCGAAAAAACGACAAUUGCUCUAUAGUCGUAAUGUACACUUCAGUGACGGUGUGAUCUCGAAACUCUAUCAAGUUCGGGAAAAUUCAGCAUUCAUUUGCCUCAAGUUCUCUCUCAUAUUGCCGGCCGUCUUGUGGUAUAGCUACCGCAAAGUAUCACGGAAGGCGGAGCAGAGGCAUCGAGAGAAUAUGGAUCGCGAUGCGCCCGAAAACACAAAACUUCAUUUCAACAUGAUUACUGAGUCUUGGAAGUAA